AUGCUAACAUGGAGGUACCUGCAAACUAGUAUUUGCCUUACGAAGCCCAAGUCUGUCGAUGGUACGCGCCAAGAUAUCGACGCACAACAUGAUACUAAAUACGGAGCAGAGGUCUUGCCAGGGUUGAGUCCAGAGCCUCGUAACCUACGUCACCCUUUCAUCAAUAAUAAUGGCCAGUAUUAUGGACCAUUGCACCACUGUGAAGUUCAUCUUCAUCCAAUACAGAAUCUCGAGGGAGACUCGGAUGCACAUAUGUGCACCACAAACGUUUCACACCCCGAUGCCAUCACAAAUGCCGCGAACCUUCUUCGCCAUACCCAGGUUCAAGGGUUUGAGGCUUGUAAAGUCUGCGGGAAGGCUGUGAACAGACCAGAAUUCUGCUUGUGCGCGGUGCUCUGCACGCAAAAUACCCUGCGCCACCAAACCUUGCUAUUGGGUAACGAAAAUGCUGAACCAGAAGGGGAUACAAAAAUACAAGCAAACAGCGAUCCGGAAAAGGCGGUCAUCACUACGAGUCAAUGCAGUGGAGGUGCAAUGAAGUGGUCUCUCUUUGCGCAAUUUCUUUUCUUCGUAACUUUCGUCUCCGCUCACGCAAGGGAUAGACGUUGGGACGAAUGGUGCGUGGAUUCACUCGACGCCCAAGAUUGGCUUGACAGGUAUCAAGCUUUCGAAAAUGGCACGGGCAGCGACCUGGGAGAUGCGAGAGCAACAGGCGAAGCAAUCAUCUCGGAUAAAUUCGAAGUGUUCUGCAAUUCUUGCGCGUUCUCCAGAGCGAUCGAAGCUGGCGAAGAGAACCGAAAGCUAAUGCCACGACCCCAAGCCACGCAUCAACGAGCCGCUCGACAUUGGCGGGAAAGCAGGAUACAUCAACGGAACAUUGAGCAAAAUGUAGGCCUUGACAGCGACUUGCAGAAAUUCGCGACCUUUCUGGUGGAUCAUUCCGAUGCCAAAGGGUAUCCAGUUCGUGGCUUCGCCGCAUUCACGGUCAGGAAGAAUCCUGAUCCCAAUGGCAAGUCCGCACUGGUAGCCACGCGAUUGGAGUCAGAGCUCAAUGACUUUGCUCGGGGACUGAAUAGACGGAAAGAGUAUCCCGCAUGCUGCAUACCGGUAAUUCUGGGAAGCCCUUUGAGGUACUUCGUGCACAGCUUUGGAGCUCAAUUCCAUGUCCUAACCGCGGCAUGA